AACUUUGUGCCAUUAAGUAGCUUUUUCAAGUUUUUUUUUUUUAUUAAGUACAUCUUUCUUAAGCAUUUGGUGCUGCAUUUUAGCAGACUGCACAAGAAAUGGAAAACAACCCACACAUCCAAAUUCCAAGAGUCAAAUUGGGUACCCAAGGCCUUGAGGUCUCAAAACUAGGCUUUGGUUGUGGAGGACUUUCUGGCAUAUUAAAUGCUCCUCUGUCACAUGAAGCUGGGUGCAUAAUCUUAAAGGAAGCAUUCAACAAAGGUAUCACCUUCUUUGACACAGCAAAUAUAUAUGGGCAUGAGGGUCACAAUGAGAUAAUGGUGGGAAAGGUACUGAAGCAGCUUCCUCGUGAGCAAGUCCAACUGGCGACCAAAUUUGGGUGUAUAUUUUCCGAGGACUUCCAGUGUCAAGUCAAAGGGACUCCAGAAUAUGUGCGGCAAUGCUGUGAAGAAAGUCUCAAGCGGCUUGAUGUGGAUUACAUUGAUUUAUAUUAUCAGCACCGGACAGACACAUCUGUGCCGAUAGAGGAAACUAUGGGGGAACUCAAGAAGCUAGUGGAGGAGGGAAAGAUUAGGUACAUUGGCUUAUCUGAAGCUAAUGUGGACACAAUUAAGAGGGCGCAUGCUGUUCAUCCCAUCACUGCUGUACAGAUGGAGUAUUCUCUUUGGACUCGUGAGAUAGAAGAGGAUGUAAUUCCGCUUUGUAGAGAAUUAGGUAUUGGGAUUGUCGCAUAUAGCCCCCUUGGCCACGGGUUCUUUGGUGGGAAGGCAAUCACAGAAAGCUUGCCUGCAGAAAGUCUGAUGGGUUCUCAUCCAAGGUUUAAGGGAGAGAAUUUGGAGAAGAACAAAGUUCUUUAUGCAAGAUUUGCUAACUUAGCAGCAAAGCAUAGUUGUACACCUCCUCAACUAGCUUUAGCAUGGCUUCUGCAUCAAGGAGAUGACGUGGUUCCAAUACCUGGAACAACUAAGAUUAAGAACCUAAAUGCCAAUAUUCAAUCCCUAGCAGUGAAGCUCACACCAGAAGAUGUGAAGGAAAUCGCGGAUGCUAUCCCUGUUGGUGAAGUCUGUGGAGAAAGAGAGCAUGAAGUGAUGUCUAAGUACAAGUACCGGUUAGCUAAUACACCAUUAAAGUAGUAAUAUCAUGUUUGUGAUAACUCAUGAAGGAACUAAUCACUAUUUCUGAGCUUCAAUAGCUAAUUUGUUUUUGAAUAAGUGGAGCUCAUCUAUUAUUGUCCAUGUAUUGUUAUCCCUUAUUGUUAUUGUCCAAACUAAAGCUAUCCUUUACCACUA